AUGGUGACCCUUCCAGACUGGUGUCCCGCCUAUAGCUCUCGAAAGAAGGAUGUUGAGACCGGCGAAGAGGUGUUUUGCAUUUGUAAAAAACCCGAUUCCGGGGAACUAAUGGUAGGAUGUGACGGAUGCGAUGACUGGUUUCACUUCUCGUGUCUGAAAAUGGCCAAAAAAUAUAACGAGCUGGUCUUUUCGUUCUAUUGUCCGUAUUGUCAAGCUGGUAUUACGGGUCCUGGAGCCCAUAAUGAUGGGAAAUUGCCCAAAACGUUGUGGAGACGGAAAUGUCGAGUCCUUGACUGUUUUAAACCAAUUGCAGAAAACAGCAAAUACUGCAGUGAAGAGCAUGCUGUGGCUUUCAUGCGAGGGCUAGUGGAUCGUGUGGAAAUACCAGGUCAGGAUUCCUCACUCGUGCUGCGACAAAUGCUGCAAGAGCCCGAUUUCGACCAUUUCAAAAACCUAGGCCGAAAUGGUCUACCCACGCCUUCAGCAGAUCUAGCGCCGGGACUUCUUACAAACGAUGGCACACUGCAGGACCUGGAGGCUCAGUUGCGGGAAUUACGCGGGGGCGCCAAAAAUGGUGUUGAAACGCAAAUAGAGCAGCUAACACAGUAUUCACAGUGGGUUCAAACGGUCAACGAUCUUCUGUUCGGAGACAAUACGCAAGAAAAUGCUAAUGGAGACUCCGCACCGGCUGGUGGCAAGACUUCAAGGACGCGAAAACGCAAACAAACGGUCAAACGGAAAGCCAUAUGCGGUUACAGCAGCGAAUUGAAGGCGCCUUGUUCCGCUGAGGACUUUGUUGCCGAAUUCAAACAAUUGGACUCAGAGUCCACGGAGCUCAAGGGUGUUUGUUGCAAACUACGGUGUGUCCGGCAUUCAGACUGGCUAGGCACUCGUCAAACGAGCUUGCAGUUCCAGCUGGAGUCGUUGCAAUCGUCAGAACAGCGUCUACCGCUUCUAAUUAAAAUCCGCCAAGACCAGCUCAAAAUGCAACUUUACAAACACAUUACAAAAGCGUAA